AUGAUACAACUUCCUGAAACUUUUAUUCGUCAAAGAAAAACAAACAUAGUUAGUAGAUCGAAUAAAUAUAAUCAAUGUUUAACUGUACUUAAAUAUACAAACGAUUUACAAACCCCAAAUUUAAAUAUUGGUGGCCCAUAA